AUAAUCUGAAACAAUUAAUACGGCACCUUUUUAUGGCUUGUAUAUGUUUUAACAAAACUGAUAAUCAUUCCAAAGUACCGUGCAAAUGAUAAGUAAUUAUUUGCAAUCAGGCCACUAAAUCGGGAGUAUCAACAGCGUCCGAAGGCUGAUUUCAGUUGCCAUGAUGCUGCGCGGUUUUUUUCUUGUGGUUUUUCUGCAUUUUUCAGCCGCUGGUCCUGUUCCAGACGAUUUAUUUGAGCUCUCGGUGGUGCACGUUAAUGAUUUCCAUGCCAGAUUUGCAGAAACCAGCACAUCAUCUGGAACAUGCAGCAACCCGGAAACCUGCAUUGGGGGCUUUUCCAGACUGUUUGCCCAAAUCCACAGCUUAUUGGCAGAUAAACCCGACUCGGUCCUGCUUAACGGCGGCGACAAUUUCCAGGGAACUCUGUACUAUUCCCUUGGAAAAUGGAACAUCACUCAGGAGUUUCUGAACAAACUGCCCUUUGACGCCACCGUGCUGGGAAACCAUGAGUUUGAUGAUGGCAUAGAUGGAGUUGUUCCGUUCAUCAAGAACCUGAAGAGUCCAGUGGUUUGUGCCAAUAUCAACGACGAUGAAGAACUGGAUAUUAAAGGAACGUACCAGAAAAGCGUGGUGAUUGAGAGAAACGGCCGGAAGAUUGGGAUCAUCGGAGUGAUUUACGCAAAAACAAACACCAUCUCCAGUACGGGAAACUUGGUGUUUUAUCCAGAAUCAGCCAGUGUUAAUGCUGAAGCCGAGCGUCUGGUGCGAGAAGAAGGAGUGUUCACCAACAUUGUUCUCUCCCAUGUUGGGUACGGCAAUGAUCAGGAAAUAGCUGCAAACGCCAGUGAGAAAAUUGGUCUCAUUGUGGGCGCUCACUCACACACCUUCUUGUACACCGGAGACGACCCUCCAGGGCCAGACACACCAGAAGGUACCUAUCCUACUAUAGUGCAAAGUAGAACUGGGAGGAACGUUCUUGUGGUGCAAGCCUCAGCUUACACCAAAUACCUGGGGAAUAUCACCAUCUUCUACGAUAGCGACGGUGAAGUAGCUGACUACUCGGGAUCGCCGAUUUUCCUGGAAACUGGCCUGCCUAAAGACGAAACGAUUGACGCCGCCUUGGAGCCCUGGAACGAAAUUGUUGAAGCUGAGGGAUCGGCUGUGAUCGGGUCCUCUUUGGUGAAACUGUCCAAAACGGGCUGCUAUUACAGCGAGUGCAACUUGGGCAACUUUGUAACUGAUGCCUAUGUCUUCGCGUACUCUCAAAACAUUGUCGAUGGGGCCUGGACCAGGGCGCCCAUAGCCAUUAUCAAUGCUGGAGGGUUGAGAACCGACGUGGAAAUUGGCAAUAUUACCUACGGCGACAUGCUAACAGCGCAACCGUUCUCCAACACCGUGGACUUUGGGCGAAUAGAAGGCAGAUAUUUGAAGGAGGCGCUGGAACAGGCGGCUGGAUCCUACAGCAAUGCCCGAAUUACCUCCGACCUGAAACUCCUUCAAGUGUCUGGAAUUCACGUGGUUUACAACGUGUCCAGACCUGAAGGAGACCGAGUGGUUGAUGUGAAAAUCCGCUGCCAGCAGUGCGAUGUACCAGACUAUGAUGAGCUGGACUUGGAGGCAACCUACAGUAUUGCAGUGCCUUCUUUCCUGGUUGGAGGCGGUGACGCUUUCACAGCCAUAUCGGAGAACAUUGAAAAUGUCGUAACUGGACAAACGGACAUGGACAUUUUCAGGCUCUACUUGCAGUCCCGAUCGCCAGCUUUUGCUGAAAUUGAGGGCCGCAUUACGGUGCUUGGGGACGAAGAAAUCGAAACCAAGGGCUUUGAUACUUGAACAACUAGUUAAUAUUCCCAUUCAGUUAUAGCCUAGGCAAACAAGCGGUGUGGAAAAUAAACAAUCAUUUAUUCAA